CAGAAGCUGUAGUGAAAACGCUUGCAAAUCUCAUCUGGUAAUGUCAGAGAGCUUUCAAUUUAAUGGGUCGAGGUGUAGCCGGAACUGAACGAUUUUUCCUAAUUUAUGUGAAGUCAACGUUUAACCCGAUUUGCACAUCCAAGUGCAUUUGCUAUGCUUCAAACUACAAGAAAAGGUGUGUUCCUCCGGGGUGAGUGAGCAAACUCUGCAAGACCAUUCCCCUUAUGUAAAUCCAUUCGAACCAAAAAGGAAGUUGCGUUAAUUUAUAAGUUCCUUUAACGUCACUGUAACAUUUUUGACCCAUAAAGCUAAAAUUCCUGAAUUGAUCGCUGUAAACUUGGGGGAAAGCGUCAUCACGCAAUAUAUCGCGCUGAGUUAAAUCAGAGCUCGGCAGGAUUGUGCAGUCUCACCCCUUGCUUCCUCCAAGACGCAAGUGUUAAGUGAAGGUGGUGAAAAAUGUCGCGGGUCCAUCUCGGGUGUAUAUUGUUGGUCUACACGUGCUUGGCGGCGAGAGAACCCCCUAUGGUGACCAUCCCGGGUCAAGGGACCAUCCAAGGAAAAGAAAUCUCCAGAUACAGGUCCCAAAAAAUCAUCGGCUUUUUUGGCAUACCGUACGCUGUACCCCCUUUGAACAAUCUGCGGUUCGCACCUCCAGACACCGACAAUUUGGAACAAUGGGAAGGGGUGCAGAAUGCAACCGAGUACAAACCUGCAUGUCUACAAACAGAAAAAGACAUCCGGGAGGAGGCCAAACCGUUCCUAGACCUUAUUUUCCCGUCGUUUAGUGAAAUGGAAAUGAACGAGGAUUGCCUCUACCUCAAUGUUUUUGUACCUUUCGGCAAUUCCCCGAGCAGUGGAUUCGCGACCAUAGUAUGGUUCCAUCCCGGGAAUUUUACGACAGGGUCUCCAGCUAUGUGGAAUCCUCAUACCCUGGUCUACAGGUAUCGAAUUAUCCUGGUCACUUUCGCCUGGCGUUUGAACAUAAUGGGUUUCUUUUCCACGUUGGAUGGCGAAGCUCCGGGUAACUUCGGUAUGAUGGAUCAACAAGCUGCUAUGAUGUGGGUGAAAAAAAACAUUAAAUUGUUUGGAGGAAACGAAGACAACAUUACUUUAAUGGGUUAUGGAACGGGUGGUACAAGUAUAGGCUUACACAUGCUCAAUCAAAAAUCUAAAGAAUAUUUUAAUAAAGCUAUAGUGAUGAGUGCAAACUUUCUAAGUCCUUCGAUAGUUAAAGAUCCGAAAGAAGAUCGUAGCAUAGAUCUAGUUGAUAAAUCUACCCCUUGCAACAGAAGACCAACUUCUCAUUUCAUAGAUUGUUUGAGAGAGCUUGAUGGUAAACCUUUGGUAGAUUUAACAUCCACAAUUGACUGGAAACCCCUACUGGAUCCUAAUCUAAGUAACAGCACUAACGCGUUUAUUCCAGAUAUUCCAAAGAAUUUUUUCGAAAGAGGUGACUUUCACAAAAUUCCUGUUUUGACAGGUUAUACAAAUAUGGACGCGAUUUUAUCAUAUACGACUCUAAUCGAUCAAUUUGCAACGGAGAACAUAACCACCGAAAACCUUCAACAAAUUCUUUCCGAAAUCAUCAAUUCUGACUUUUCUGCUUACAACAACUCUGAUUGUUCUAACAACUACGAGCAACUAACAGACGCUGCUAUGUUUUUCUAUGGUCCAGAUCCCGUAAAAGGUGUUAAAGACCUAGAUUCCAUAAGGAAAAUAGUGGCAGACUUUACAACCGAAAAAAAUUUUGCUGCCUCUACAUAUCUCCACGCAAGUUACAUCAGCAAAGAACAACCAACUUUUGUUUAUCGUUUUGAUUUGAAACCUAGCACAAAAUGGGUAGCCGAUAGUCUACCAGAGUGGGUAUCAGUUCCUCACCUUUACGACCUUAUAUACGUCUGGGGGAUACCAUAUUGGCAAGAAUUCGAUGGAGUAAACAGCUGGGAAGUGAGAGAUAAACGAAUUUCAGAAAUUAUGAUGUCUUUUUGGACCAACUUUGCCAAAUCAUCUAACCCAACUAAUGGGACUUUGUAUGCGAUUCGGUGGGAACAAUUUACACCAGACAAUCCACAGAUGAUGGUCAUGGAUGGCUCUUUCAAUAUGAGCAACAGCGCAAAAAUUAACUACAAAUCGUUCGAAUUUUGGAAUAAUUAUUACCCAAAAGUUCUACAAACGGCAACCCAAUGUUGCGGGACGCAAAACGACAUGGCGUCUGGUCUUCAAAUACCAUAUAGUGUACUUAUUUUUACCACCUGUCUCUAUGUUAUGCAACUAUUUUGAGUUAAAAUGAUUAAGUUGCAUGAAAUUUAUCAACAUAACCUUACUUUUGCUAUUUUCAAAUAUUAUUCACAUUUUACUUUGACAACUAACUGAAUUGUAUGCAAAAGUGAGGUUAUAAACUUUGAAACACUUCAGUAUAAUAAAUUUUAUGAAACGCUAAUUUAUUGUAAGUUCAGUUCUAGUCUAAAUUUAAAUAUUUUGGCACAAAACAAUGUCUAGGAUUGUGUGUUCUAUUCUAUCAAAAUGCUUAAUUUUUUCGUUAAUCGAAGUCAAUCAUUAGAACUUAGAAGUAAUGGAGGAACUUUUGCGCAGGAUGGUUUAAAUUUCGAACUAGGAAAAUAAUAUCCAGGAUAACUGUUAGAGCGAAAACUGGUUUUUAGAUUGGCCGCCUUGUCAAAAUAAUGAUCAUAAUCAAAGCACCGAAAGAUGAUAUUAACAUCGAAAUCAAAAAUUUUAAAUUUCCAUUUAUAACUUCGUACACUGUCACUUUUGGACACUUAUACUUUAUCAUGUUUAUAAAAGUUUCCCAAUUUAGCUAGACUGUAACAGAAAAUAAUUAGUAGACGUAUCUUCUAAAUUAAUUUAUUUUCAACAUUUUUCCAGUAGUGGUAUUAUUAACCAACUUUUACGAAAAUGUAGUAUUUAAUUUAAAACUGUAUAUAUUAUAUAUAAAUUAAAUAAGUCUUCCUUAGAUCAUUUUCGUUUGUAAUUUUUAAUUCCUCAUUUUUAUCAAGUAACUUAGGUAACGAUUUGGCCAAUGUAGAGGCGAAAAUACCUUGCACAUUUAUUUUGUACAUAGAUCAUACUAUUUUUUGUAUUAAACGAUA